UGCGGACGUCUGCGAACCCGCGCGGCGCCAUCUGACAUUUGCAACAAAAGGCGCUGCCGCCGUCUAGGGUUUCACUUUCGCGGCCUCUCGCUAUUUCCUCGUUGUCGAUUUUCUGACUAUUCUUCCGCCCACCGGCUCUUCUUUUGCGCCACUGUUUUCGCUGCCGCAGGUGUUACGAUGGCCGGAACCAUCAUCUCUGCGCAUAGCAGUCGGUCGGAAUCCGAGGAGGAGGAGAGAACGAGGAAUAAGGCGAAGAAGACAAAGAAGAAGAAGCAGCAGACGCUGAUCUUAUUAGACGGCAGCGACGAGGACCGGGAGGCGAACGAGGAUCUGACGGAUGUGAUCUUAGAGAAGGCGAAGAAGAGGAUGCGGGGGAUCGAGGAGCCGGAGCGGGACGUGAGGAUCGGCGACUUGCCCAACUCCUCGUCCAUCAUUGAAGUGUCUUCGUCGGAUGGCGUCGAGGUGAUCGACGAGGUGGUUGUUGCCGACAUCAAUGUGAAUCUGAAGAGGAGGAGAGCGAAGGAGAGGAAAAAGAAUAAGAAGACCAAUAGGGGUGAGGAAGACAAGGUGGGAGCCGCGGAUGGAAAGUUGGGGGAAGAAGACAAAGUGGGAGUUGCGGAUGGAAAAUCGAUUAUAGAUCAAAAUGUCGGAAUUUCAAGGUCUCCUGAAGCCAGGGCGGAAGAGGUCGAAAUGACAAAUAACACAGUCCUGCGGAAACUCCUGCGUGGGCCUCGCUAUUUUGAUCCUCCCGGAGAAUCUUGGGGAGCUUGUUAUAACUGCGGUGAAGUGGGACAUGCUGCAUCAAAAUGUUUGGUGAAGAAGCCGAAGAAGCCAUGUUACAUCUGCGGAAAGUUUGGGCAUGCUGCCAAGUCGUGUUCUGAGGUGCAUGCAUGUUUUAUAUGCAAAAGGACCGGCCAUCGAGCAAAGAACUGCUCAGGGAAGCAAAAUAUUGAAACUUUGAGAUUCUGUUUGCAUUGUGGAAGUCUUGGCCAUGAUAUGUCGACAUGUACAAAUGAUUAUGACCAAGACGACUUGAAGGAGAUACAAUGUUACAUCUGUCGGCAAUAUGGGCACUUAUGUUGUGCUGAUUUUGUUGAUGCUGGUCCAAGUGUAGUAUCUUGUUACAGUUGUGGUCAGAUUGGUCAUGCUGGUUCAGGAUGUGCAAGGGACAAAAAUGGUAAAGGGUCCACAUUAUGUUAUAAAUGUGGAGGAGAGGGGCAUUUAGCACGUGGAUGCAAUAACCUUUACCAGUCUGAUAAAAAAUUAGCUGAACCAUCGACACCUCGCUAUGCUCCGGCUGAAAAUGACAACUUUUUGGGUUUUAAAUCAGUGCCCCAUGAUUCUGGUAGGUCACAGGAGUCCUGGGGGCUGAGAGUGCCGCAUGAUUCUAGUAGGUCACAGGAGUCCUGGGGGCCGAGACAUCAUGAAGGUUCAGGUUUUAGUAGUCGAAAGUUUAGGCGAAAUAAUGGAUGGAUAACAAAUGGAGGCUAUUCACCUGCAAGAAAUGCUAAUCUGAAUGAAUGGGGGUCUCCAAAAACACCAUUUGAGAAGGGUCAGUGGAAUUCUGGUCUACGAUGGCAUGGAUCUCAGUCAAGUUACAUUCCAUCUUCAAGGAGCUCAAAUUUUAGGUACAGUGAUCCGCGUUCAAGCUAUACACCGGGCUUUGGGGGGCCAAGGUUUCGGUCAGAUGCAAAUAGUUCAUGGAGGCCUCAUCAACACGCCAAAUUUGCACAUCCAACUUAGAUGAAAUCAAAAUGAUGUUUUGGAUUAGAUUUGCUGUUGGAAAUAGAGCCAUGAAAGUUAUGGUAGAUAUUGGUGUAAUGGUGGUUUUUUGCAAGCAUACUGCAGGGAGGCUCUAGCAGUUGUUCCAGGAGGUGUCACAUUGUGGCUGGUUCACAAGGAUCCCCCUGAGAUUGAGCUUCUCGGUUCCUUGUAACUCCAUCCAUGGGUUAUCGCUGGCUGAAAGUUGAGUUACCAGAAUCAGCUAGGGCAAAGUGCGCUCAACUGGACAGCAAUUUUAGCUGGAAAGAGAGUUUCUGUACCAUUUAUAAGCGGCAGCUGCAUGUUUUUGGUUAUCUUUUUACCGAUGAUAAUCACCAUGUGGCUUGCUGGCACUCCAGCCCAAGGCAAGCUGGGGAGGAAUAUGUUCUUUGAUCUCAACAUUAAUGAAUAAUAAUCAUUUUUUCUCAGAA